AUGGAGACAUGCGACCCAUGCUGGACAUGUCGCAACCGGCGCAUCCAAUGCGACCAGUCCGGUACGCCAUGCGCCAAGUGCGAGAAAGCCGGACUAGAAUGCUUCGAUAAACGACCAUUCAGAUGGGUCAAAGGCGUGGCAAUCCGCGGCAAGAUGCAAGGCCGUUCAUACGAAGGCAAGACAGGAGACUCGUCUUCUGCUUUGAAACCCGUACGGUUACCAGCUAAAAAACCUCGCGCGCUGGUCAGUGGCGAAAAUGUACCUAUUGCACUACAAGACCCAUCUACAUCGCACUUAGAUCAAGUUUCGAAGUAUUACAUAGAUUACUAUAACGAACGAAUAUGCAAGCUGUUCAUCGUCUACGACAGCGACAAAAACCCACUCCGAAGUCUGAUCCCCUUAGGAAUGAAAGAGCCCAUUUUACAAAAGGCUAUACUCGCUCUUGCAGCGCGGCACCACGUCAACUCAGGCCAGCCGUUUCAUCAAUUUCAAGCACCGACAUCUCCUGGUCUCAUCAAUGCCAACCGGGACGCACUGCUUUUCAAGCAUCAAGCCAUGGAAGCUCUAUCCCGGGCUUUGGGCAAUGCAAAUUCAAAUUCAUCCAAGAAGGAUACUACUGUGGCUAGUAUCUUUCUCCUUAUAUUUUUGGAUCUUUUGGAGUCUGGGAGUGAUGGCUGGAAUUUCCACCUUGAGGGCGCCAAGAGUUUGAUUUCUUCUCAGCGGUUGGUGGGAGAUGCUGGGGUGGAUAGUGGGCCCGGUCAAACGAUUCAGGAGAUUCGGGGAUUUAUUGCUAAGCAGAUAAACCUUAUCGAGACUCUGGGGGCAACUUUCCUACGACCGAAAUUACUGUCCGAGUUCAUUUCCGCCGACCAAGAAGACGCCCAGCCCCAAGAAUCUAUUGAGAAAUCAUUCCUUGGAUGUCCGGAAUACUUGUUGACGGCGAUACAAUUUCUCUCAAAUGAACGAGACACCAUGGCUGGAUCAAAGCUCGACCACGCUGCCAUCCAGACACAUAUCCAAGAUACAACAGCCAUGCUAUCACUUAUACAGAACUUUGACUGUUACGCUUGGGCCUCGAGCCUUCAAAACUCCAGCCAAUCAUCUCCAAACAAAAUAAGCAAUCUCUGUACCCUGUCGCAAGCAUACAAGAUUGGAGCUUUAAUAUAUGGCAGACGAGUCCUGGAUGCCCUUACAAAAGAGGUCACCCCACAAGAUGGCUUGGUAUCGGAGUUACUAGGUCUGAUUGAUGCGUUGAAAGAAGACGAGGCACUCUUCAAGUGUAUCCUGUGGGCCAUUUUUGUGGCGGGUCUGGAAUGCCGCACUCAGGCACAGAGGGAUUUCCUUGUUGGCUGCUUGGAGAAGUUUUGGGUAGCAACUAGUUGUUUAAAUGUGGUCAAUGCCGCGAAUAUUCUGCGAGAUUACUGGCAGCAGGAGGAUAAACUGGAGGUUUCUUCACGGUGGAUCUUUGAUAUUGGUCGUUUGGGUCGGGACUGGCUUCUAAUAUAA